AAAUGUACUACUGGUUGGAAGCUGGAAAAACAUGCAUCCAUGUUUCAAGCAGAAAAAUUAAGCUAAGCGACAAGGAAUCGUACUGUACGAAUGAGGCAGGAGGCGGCCGCCCAUUUAUGAAACGACUGAAUGAUGAUGCUUACAAGGAAUUGGCCAAGAAGAUAAGAGAUAACAUCAAAAAUCUAAUCCCUCAGCAAGUAUACAUUGGAAUGAAAAAAGAGGAUGGAUUUGGAUCAAAGAAGUGGAUAUAUGAGAACAACGAAGGAACUGUUCAACAAGACGACUAUCCAUUGUGGAUAAGAGAUCCCGAAAGCCUGAAUUGUGCAGUGGUAGCAGCUGGAAACGAUUUCAAAGUGGAGCCUUUUGCUUGCAAUCAAGAAGUAGUAUUUUUGUGUGAAUUAGACAAAAUGCGUAAGAAUUCUUUUUUCCUUUUUUUUAUCCUAAUAAAUAAUUUAAGCAAAAUAUAUAAAAUUUGAAAAUAUAAAUGUGUUUUACACAAAAUGAUUUUGAGAUAUUGUUCAAAAAUAGGUCCGGAUCAUGAUAACAAGUAUCAUUCAAUGCCCACAAUCUCGGAGACUAAAACAUGCAAGACAGGUAACAGAAACAACACAGCACAAAGACGGAUUAACACGACAUUUUUGUUUAAAAGAAAGUAUUAGAGCAGGUUUUCUAAGUUGCAACCUGCUGCUGAUGUCUCUAUAGACGAACAUUCACAA